ACAACAUCCAUCCCAACAACAAUCCCGACGCCAAAAACCGACAACGAACACCCCGGAUCUUCCCAACUAGAGCUAUCAAGUCCCGCGCAUCUCAAUAUGGGGGCAUUUUUCAGUACUGUCAAAAAUCCCAAGAAUUCCCCGACAUUAUCAUUGCGGGACUUGACCAUUGUUGAGACGCGGGACCGGGGGUCCACCGUGUCGAAAUUCGUCACGUUCUACUGGGCUUCCCCGGAGGAAGAGGUGUACUUUGGCCAAUUGUUCAAAAACAAGAAAGAUAUCACUCUGUCAGAAUACAAUGCGGCACUAGCACAAAUCCCCGACAGCGAGAUCUACCCCCGGGUUCCCGAGGACAUUCCACUCACAUUGGCGCCCGACGACUUAGACAACGUCUCUGCCUUUAUCAAGCGACCCGGUCUCAAUUGGUAUGAUCUCGCGAAGGGGACCGAUUCUAUCUCAAGGGAACUCCUCGGGGAGACACUCGCCAUGGAACGAAUCUCCAAGACGCCCCAUCCCCACAUCAUCCGUUACCUCGGCUGCCGCGUGCGUCGUGGCCGGAUCACAUCCCUCUUCGUGGAGCGUCUCGACCAAACGCUGACGCAAUACAUCCACGAACCCGGAUUUGCGCAGCUUGACAAGAGCAAGUUUGUCGAGGCGCUCGACUCGGCCGUGGCAUACCUCCACUCGCUGGGAUGCGCGCACAACGCCAUUAAUCCGGACAACAUCAUGGUCAGGGAUGGGAUGCCCGUCUUGAUUGACUUUGGGUCCUGCCGGCCGUAUGGCGAGCGUCUGCAGUCUGCAGGCACGCCCGGGUGGUACGAAAAGGACUUCAACACUUCUGAGGCGGAGCACGACACCUACUCACUCAAAAAGCUGCGGGAGUGGCUAGAGAAGCCGGAGUGAACACAGCCUGACAGAUGAAUGCUUGGAGGUCGUCCCUUAUAAUUGACGAGUUGGCUGCCCACGCUGCCCAUGACAAAUUGGUCAGUGUGGACACUGAUAGAGCUCUGCUGCCCAUGUAAGACUUAGACGGCAUCGGGCGCGGGGCUCGGCAACGGCCACCCCUUAAUAAUUUUGGUAAGUUGGGUGGAUGG